AUUACAAAGUGGGAUGAACCUGCAGAUUUGCUUUGUGAACGACAGCGGCAGCGACAAGGACAGCGACGCCGAUGACAGCAAGACAGAAACCAGCCUGGACACACCGUUGUCACCCAUGAGCAAGCAGAGCUCGUCCUACUCCGACAGAGACACGACGGAGGAAGAGUCAGAGUCCCUCGACGACAUGGAUUUCCUCACCAGGCAAAAGAAACUUCAAGCUGAAGCCAAAAUGGCCUUGGCUAUGGCGAAGCCCAUGGCCAAAAUGCAGGUCGAGGUGGAAAAGCAGAACAGGAAGAAAUCGCCGGUAGCGGAUCUU